CACGAGAAUUAAGGUGAGAAAACUGAAAUGAAUAUACACAUUUAGUGUCGCCGAGCGCUCGCCCGCAUGCUCGCCUGCACCGCCAGGCCUACUUCGUGCAUACGCGCGGAGCGCACGCCCGGGCCGCAAUACUGUUAAUAUUUAAGCUGCAGCCUUUGCCAUCAAGAGAAGAGCACUUGUUUGGCCCGGUAAAAACACAGUGUUGUUCAGGGGAAAAUAAAUUGGUUGAGGAAUUUGGUGAAAGGGUUCCAUUGAGUGAUAGUGAAAACUGAGGUAGUGACAAAAAUCUGCUUUAGUGGUCUUGACUCAGAUAAUGAAACAAUGCCAAGUUACAGUAACCAUGAUAAGGCUUCUGUGAACAGAAAUACAGCUAAUGAAAUGGAUCCGAAGAACUUUCAUGGAAAACAUGCAGGGCAUUUAGGCAGUAAACAUUCAAACUUUCAUAAUGCAAAAUCAACCAAUUUACAAGGUAUAGAAACUAGAAAGCCAGAUAUUUGUUGUAAUCAAAUUGGAAAACAGAACAAGUUUAAAAAAAACAUUAUAAUACUAUGUCAUAACAAACAUGAAGAGCAAAGCAAAUACUCAGAGAUUAUCAACAUUACUGAGAGGGAAUCAACAUUAAGCAUCCAUAACCAAGAGUCUGGAGUGGUGGGCCAUGGCAAUAAUGCGGGCGCUGAGCAGUUAACACGACACACAAUUACUAGGCCAGAAUGUGGAAACGACGCAGAGGGUCAACAAUCAUCUCUUGCUGACAUUCAGGCCAUAAAUCAUCCAAAUUGCAUGACUGGAGAAAAUAGGGGUUUUGUGUCUGUUCCACGUACAUCUUAUAAUAACGCUCAGAUCAUAGAUCAUGUGAACCGUGUGAUAGGAGAAAAUACAGAUGCAUCUGUGACCUUUUCCCCUGCAAAUCAGCAGUCAGUUGUUCCACCUUUUAAUCAACCUAGUGUAUACAGUCAACCAGUUGUAGAAACAAGUAAACAAAAUGCCAAUUGUAGUCUAAAUGGAAAUGAAUUGAGACUUGAGAAUGCCACUGAUCACCUGACGCGUAAAACUCAGAAGUUUUGCAGAACCUUUCCUUCAAAAGUAAAUAAACGUAAUGUAAAAAGUGGAGCAAAUACAGUAACACAGACUGUGACUAAUGUGGGAAACGGGUGUUUUCUAGUAAGCACAACUACUGAAGGAGGUAAUGGUGAAUCAAAUUAUCAAUCUGAUAAUUUCAUUAUAUGGGCAGAUGGUGGUUAUAUUUUCAUGCCUUCUGGAGCUUCACAUAAAUUAUCUUCCAAAGCAAAGGAGAUAAAUGGUGAUUUUUUCCGGUCCAUUAAAAAAAAUAACGAUGGCAAUACAAAUUACAAUCUGAUUUCAAAUGAACAAGGAAAAGAGAAAAUGGAAAAGCCAACUGAUGAUUUUAGAAUUCAGAGGCCGUGUAGUUCUUUCUCUUCACUAAAUAAUAACAUUCAUAGGAAGGUCUUAAGACCUCAGUUUGUAGACUCAAGCCAACCUGCUCCAAACUGUUUGAAUUCUACUCCAAAACAAAGUAAAGAGGUUGUUACAGAAGAAGAGAUGGACACCAGUAAACCUUUGUACUCUUGGAGAAGAAAGGAUGAGGUCUUAAAAGAACACAGCUAUAGUGCCAGUGCUGAACGCUGUCCCCGCUAUAAUUAUUCUGCCAAUGUUGUAAAAAUAUCAGCAGAAAAUAAAGAGUGUGAGAUAUUAUACAACAGUGCAGAUACUGGGACUAAAAAUGUGUCUGCUGAUAGAUCACCUAAAGAUGAGACUAACAACAGCGAAAGCAAAAUUUUUAGUAGGAGUAUCAAAGAUAAACCCUGUGACACAACUCCACUUUUACAGAACAUUCCCAAUUGUAUGUUGGGUGUAGAAAAUAUUUCUGCUACAAAACAAACCACACAGUCUUUUAGCAGCAGAUAUGCGUCUGUAAAUGACAAAAACAUUGUGGAAGCAAGGCAGAAGUGUAAAAGCACCAGCUCUCUUCCUGAUACAUCACUCUCUGAAACAAAAAAAUACAUACAAAGUUUAAAAGUAAAAAAUCUUCUUAAGAAAAUUUCUAAAGAAGUAACUGUUAAAUUAUCAGAGAAAAUUAGAGAUAUCUCUGGCACUUAUUUAUUGCAAUCAAAUCCAUAUGGCAAUAAAGAUAUACAAGCAUCUCAAUUCCCUAGUCAAGAAAUUUUGGAAGAAAUCGCCAUUAAACCAAAACAAACUCCACCUAAAAAGCAGGUAGCAAUAGCAUCACUAGAGGUCUCUAGCGAAGAAUAUAAAAGUAAGGCGACUUCAGUGCCAACAUCUGUGGUAAAUAUUGGCUGUGGUUCCAUCACAUCUUGUGUCCAGAAGGGAAAAGCAGCACCAACACAAGAAAUUUACCAAAAUUACGGUAAACAAGCACAUCCUCCACCAAAAUUAAUUAAGGGUAAUGAUGGUUGUAUACUUUUACCACAAAAAAAUGUGGUAAUAUCAAAAGUACAAGCUCAUGAAAAAGAAUUUGGCAAUAGUGCUACAACCAAUCCAAAAUCUGUAGCUGUUGAAGGUAAUUUUGGUAAUAACAGUUCUGAUAUAUUGACCUCUCAAAAUAGCAAGGAAAUACUGAAUUUAAAAGAUUUUGGUCAAGAUGAUGAGUUAUGCAAUGAACCAAAAUUGAUUGAUAUCAUGGACAAUGACACGGGCACACAUUGUAGGAGGCCUCUCUUAAUCUACCAUCGGAGAAAAGUAAAACGAAAAAAGAAAGAUUAUUAUGAAUGUGGUGAGGCAACUCUGAAGGCAAAUUGUUUACAGAAUAAUAAUAAUAACUGUAAUACUAAUCCUAAAUCUAGCGAUUCUUGUGAUGUGAAAGGUAGCAUGGUGUCAGCGGUGCCAGAAGAGCUUAAUCAUGAGUACAGUAGUGGCAUGAAUCAAAGGCCAAAAUCUGUUGAGGUUACUGUUGGUGAUGAUAAUGAUGCUUCAGAUUCCCAUCUUUUAUACCCUGAAAAUAGUAAUGUAUCAUUAUCAAAAUUAGUUACAAAUAUAUCUAAAGAUGUACCCUCACACAACAUUUUUAUAAAAGACAACACCAGUUACAAUGAUUGUGAUUUUUGUAGUCCACUUGAAUCCCAGUGCAACAAAUUAUCAGUGACAUCACAUAAUCAGGAAACUUUUGAAGAGACAACCUUUAAACAGAAUCUGGCAAAAGCAUAUAGUAGAAAGUCAAAAGUUUCUAGCAAGCGUAAGCGCCAAAACAGAAGAGGAAAAUUAUUUUCAGGCAAACUUGCUAAACGCGUAAAUAUAGUGACAGGUACAGUGGCGAAAUCUGGCCGAGAAUCUUCCAAAGAUAUUAAGAGCCUGUCAGUGUAUUCAAGGAAAGGAGCAAAGUCUCCUGUUGAAACUUUUCCAAAAAUUUGCAGUGGGAAAGUUGUCGAAGAAAUUGAUAAGUGCUCUCCUGGACAACAUGUAGAAAAGGAAGUAAACAGGAAAGGAAGUCAGCCUCAGGACCCCGCUACUGAAUCUAAACCCCCUGGAUCCUCAAUAGUUGACUGCAUGAGGAAAAUACAGACGAGCAAUUUGAGUCUUGCAAAGUCAGCACUUGCAAGUACAAAUACUAAGAAAAGCGAUGCAGUUAAUGAAUUGCAGUUUAACCGUCAAAGUAUCAGCUCUUAUUAUAGCAAUCUAGAUUCUCUUCUUAUAAAUAAUAAUAUUGAUAGUUUGAGUAUAAACGAUUCCACUGCAUUGUUUAAUGAAAACAACCAUUACAGUACAAACCAUUGUAAUGAUGAUGAUACUCAAAGUGAACUUAAUAAAGAGAAGGAAGAUGAUGAACAGCAUAGUGUAAGUAAAAUGUUAGAAGUAAUGAGAUUGUCUGUAGUUGAUGGUAACUGUUUCUGUAAGAAUAAAAUGCAAAUAUCUGCAAGAGAUCAGAAUGACAGUUGUGCAAUCUGUUGUGCAAAGCAGAUGAGCUGUGAAACACCAGUGAGCACAAGUGAUCCAGAAAGAAUCCUUUACCCAUUUGACCGUAAUAUGCUAUUUACUAGCAUUGGUUUAGUUGGGAAGGAGUUGUUUAAUAUUAAACAAAGUAUUCCCCCUAUUAUUGCUCAUAGAACCAGGAAUGUGCAAGCAAUUAAAAUAAAGGAAAAAGAAAGAGAAUAUAAUAAGGUAAACCAACAUGAGAUUCCAUACUCUUAUUACAUAGAAGUUGAAAAGGGUUCUAAAAGCUCCCUGCUAAAUGAGCCAUGUUUUGAUGAUGCAGAAGUUAAUGAGAGUCCAAAAGACUCUCCCCUAAAAAUAUUGAGUUUUGAGAAAAGUGAAAAUUAUACAGAUAGUAUCAGUGAUGUGGAUAAGACCAGUGGGAAAAAAUUACAUAAAGAAGUUUGUGAAUCAAGUUUUAAGGGCAAUAAGGAUGGCAGCAGACAGGAAAAGGAAAAUUCCCCAAACAUAACUACAUUUAAUGGUAAGAAAGGAAAUGAGAACGCAGCAUUAGUUUCAAAUAGCAGAGAUGAAAGUGACAGUGUUCUUUGUAGGGAUAAUGCUGAAAAAUGUAAUGAAAGUAGUAGAUGCAAGGAUGCCAAGGACAACCUGAAGAAUUAUAGCAAUGUGCACGAACCUCAAAAUGUAACUGAAAAGCAAAACAGAGAUGCUGGAGAGUCUGUAAAGUGCUUGAAGAGAAAGAGAUCUGUUUUUGGCAAAUGUUACAAUCAAUGUAAAAUAGAUUUAAGUCCAAGUAAGCAAAUGGAUGGAAAUACAACACCAUUUUUGCAUUCUGAAUGUCAAAAGUCUUCCAAAGAUACAGAUCAACAAAAUGACCUAAAUACAACUGAUUGUCUUCAACCCGAGGCCAGUGUUUCAUAUAGCAUUCCAGAGUAUGUUGCAUCUGUGCCAGGACAAAAUUCUUCUCGUCAUGCUCAAUAUAAAAAUUUCAUUACAGUUAAAAAGAGAUGCAUAAAUAAAGCUCUUCAUAAAAAGUUUAAGUAUAAUAAUACAGAUGAAAGAGCACCAGCUAACACAAACAUUGAUAAAGCAUUGCAGAUUAUAAAAAGUAAUAACACACUGCACGACAAUAACGCAUUUCCUGAGUUUCUACGAAGUGAUAAAUUAGAUUCACAUGACAGCCAAUCUUCAGUUGAAGUCAAGUCAUGUGAAAGUAUAAAGAAUAUCUGUAAUAAUCUAGAUAUUGAGUCCAUGCAACAUGAAAAUAUAGUGUGUGAUUCACGAACUAUCAAAGAAAAUAAAAAUAAUAUAGUACAACCAGAUUUGGCUCAAUCUGAUAUUUCCAGUAUGGAAAAUAAUGGACUAGAUCAAUUGCAGUACAUUUCUUCUGUAAAAAAUAUUAAACAGAAUCUAGUGCAAUCAGUAAAUUCUAAAAGCAUUUAUAGACAGAAUCCACUUCCCUCUGUAGGAGGAAAUGCUACCUGUGUAGAUAAUUUGCAGGACCCAAAACUAGCAAAAUCUUCCAUGUCUGAUAAAGUUAAUGGUCAGAAUUUAGCGCAGUCAUCUGUUUCUUUUAAAUAUAAGGCAAUGGGACAGGCUAUAUUGCAGACUUCUCUCUCUGCUGGAGAAAAUGGAUGUGAUGUAAUACUAUGCAAUACAUCCAAAGAAAUAGGGCAAGGUUUAAUAAUGUUUGUUAAAUCUGUAAAAUAUAAUGGUAAGACCCCAUUGCUGUGUGGCUCUUUGGCAGAUGAAAAUGAAGAGAGUUCAGUGCAUGUUAUUUGUAACAAAAUAAAGGAACAGGAUUUAGUGCAGCCAAAUCUUCCUAUUGAAGAUGAUAAUCAAAAUUCAUUUGUGUGUGCUCCUUUGACAGAAUGUAAUGGAAAAGAUUCUCUGCAGUAUGUUACCUUGACAAAAACUAUUGAGCAUGAUUUAGUGCAAUCUAAUGAUUCUGCAGAAAGCAAGAAACACACUUUUGUGGAAAGCAAGAGACACACUUCUAUAGAAAGCAAGAGAGACACUUCUAUAGAAAGCAAGAGGCAUGGUUCUGUUAAAAGCAAGGCACACACUAAUGUAGAAAGCAAGAGAAACACUAAUGUACAAAACAAGGCACACACUAAUGUAGAAAGCCAGAGACACACUAAUGUAAAAAGCCAGAGACACACUAAUGUAAAAAGCCAGAGACACACUAAUGUAGAAAGCCAGAGACACACUAAUGUAGGAAGCCAGAGACACACUAAUGUAGAAAGCAAGAGACACACUAAUGUAGAAAGCAAGAGACACACUAAUGUAGAAAGCAAGAGACAGACUAAUGUAGAAAGCAAGACACAUACUUCUGCAGAAAACAAGAGACAUGGUAUUAAGAAAAACAAAGGACAGGCCUCCACAAAGAGCAAGGGACAUACUUCUGCAAAAAGGAAGAGGCAGGCUUCUGCAAAAGGGAAAGGAUGGACUUCUGCAGAAAGCGAGGAACUGGCUUGUGCAGAAUGCAUGAGAUUGUUUUUUGCAGAAAGCAAGGGGCAGGCUUUUACAGAAAGCAAGGGGCAGGCUUUUACAGAAAGCAAGGGACAGGCUUUUAUAGAAAGCAAGGGACAGGCUUUUACAGAAAGCAAGGGACAGGCUUUUACAGAAAGCAAGGGACAGGCUUUUACAGAAAGCAAGGGACAGGCCUUUAUAGAAAGCAAGGGACAGGCUUUUGCAAAAAGCAAGGGACAGGCUUUUACAAAAAGCAAGGGACAGGCUUUUACAAAAAGCAAGGGACAGGCUUUUACAAAAAGCAAGGGACAGGCUUUUACAAAAAGCAAGGGACAGGCUUUUACAAAAAGCAAGGGACAGGCUUUUACAAAAAGCAAGGGACAGGCUUUUACACACAGCAAGAGACAAGCUUCUGCAGAAAGCAAGGGACAAACUUCUGUAGAAAGCAAGGGACAAACUUCUGUAGAAAGCAAGGGACAAACUUCUGCAGAAAGCAAGGGACAAGCUUCUGUAGAAAACAAGAGACAGGCUUCUGCAGAAAGCAAGGGACAAACUUCUGCAGAAAGCAAGGGUCAAACUUCUGCAGAAAGCAAGGGACAAGCUUCUGCAGAAAGCAAGGGACAAGCUUCUGCAGAAAGCAAGGGACAAACUUCUGCAGAAAGCAAGGGACAAACUUCUGUAGAAAGCAAGGGACAAGCUUCUGUAGAAAACAAGGGACAAGCUUCUGCAGAAAGCAAGGGACAGGCUUCUACAGAAAGCAAGGGACAGGCUUCUGUAGAAAGCAAGGGACAGGCUUCUGCAGAAAGCAAGGGACAAGCUUCUGCAGAAAGCAAGGGACAGGCUUCUGCAGAAAGCAAGGAACAGGCUUCUGCAGAAAGCAAGGGACAGGCUUCUGCAGAUAGCAAGGGACAGGCUUCUGCAGAAAGCAAGGGACAGGCUUCUGCAGAAAGCAAGGGACAGGCUUCUGCAGAAAGCAAGGGACAAGGGUCUGCAGAUAGCAGGGAACAAGCUUCUGUAGAAAGCAUGGGACAGGCUUCUACUCUUGCAAUAGAUGAUAGUGAGGUUUCAGCUCAAUUUAUUACAUCUUAUAAAAGCGAUUUCAUUGAUAGCAGUAAAAAAACAUCUAGGAGAGGGAAUGUGAAAUUUUUUUAUAGAAGCAGUGGUUUACGAUUUACCUCCAGUAAGGAGAAAGGUGAAAAGAAUAUGUCACAAAUUGGUAAAUGCCAGUAUGUUCAAAUAGACAAAUUAGAAAAUAAUGACUUUCUGGGAUUUGAUGAUACAAACAUGCAUCGCAAACUCUGUGACAACUCAAUGCCUUGUAAAAGUUCCAACGAUGAAAUUUAUAUGUUUUCAAAUAUUCCAGAUGAGAGCAACAUGCAUUCACUGAAUCUGGAUGAGUUAGAUAUUCUAGAUACAGAUGUAAUAGAUCCAGCAUCUCAAUGUUCAGUUUCCUUUAUGGAGGGUCGAACACAUAGUAAGUCUAACUUAUGCUCAUUAUUGCCCUCUGUAGAAAUUUCUUCAUUUUGUGGUGGUGAUGCCACAAGUGGAAGUACAGAAGAGCUCCUUAGUACAGAUCUUCCAUCACCAGAAAUGAGAAAUAUAACAGGAAGAGCCAUGGAAUCCUUUAGGCAGGAAACACCAGAAAAGAUAUUGAGGGCAAAUAUCAAGAAAUCAGAUGCACAUGUGAAAAUGAGUUGUGAAAUCCAGAUUUCAGACAAUGUUGUAGACCAAAUAAAUGCUGCUCAAAAAGAAAGUGGUCCAGAUAAAACUGCAGCAACACAAAAAGUUCAGAGAGAUAUAUUUAGGACCACUGAACUAAAGUCAUAUCUUCCAUUAGCAUCUCGAAAGAGAAGAGGUAAGAAACUUAAUAAAAGAUUCAAGUAUAAUGUAAUCAUGAAAAAUGGUAAAAGAUUGUACCCAUGUGAUCUAUGUGGUCACAAGUCUGGUUCGUCAGGUGACUUGGUUCGACACAUGAGAACACACAAUGGAGAAAGACCUUUUAAGUGUGACAUAUGCUUACGAGCUUACAAACAAAAAGAUGGUUUAAAUAAGCACAUGCUUGUACAUGAGGGGAAAAGACCUUAUGUUUGCACAACUUGUAAUAAGGCUUUCUCACAGAAAGCUCACUUAAAAUCUCACCAGAAAGUUCAUACUGGUGAGAAACCAUUUAGAUGUGAAGAAUGUGGUAAAUCUUUUUCCCGUUUAGAUCACCUUAAAGGACAUGAACAUACUCAUAUGUUAGAAAGACCUUUUAAGUGUGAUUUGUGUACUCUUACUUUCAAAUGCUGUGCAAAUCUGGCCAAACACAAACAAAUUCAUCUUGAUGUCCGACGUCACCAGUGCACUUACUGUGAUGCUUCUUUUCUUGUGGCUCACAGUUUGAAAUUACAUGUAAGGACACACACAGGAGAGAAACCUGUCCAUUGCCCAUUAUGUAAUGUUGACUUUAGAUUUGAAAGCAGUUUGAGAAAGCAUGCAAGCACAUUUCAUCCUGACUUUGAAGUUAGAGGUUCUAUUCUUGUACCAGUGCCACUAGACUGACAAUGUCUGCAUGAAAACAUACUCGUGUUGCUCAGUUUGCAAAUACAAAACUGCACAUAACUAUAAUUUUAUCUUAAAAUUUAACAUAUUUAUUGAUACUGUGAUGAAUAGGACAGGCAGAUGGAUAUGAUAAUCCAAAUCUCAAGAUGAACUCCCCUGAACAAUUUUUGAAAUAUGUACUCAUUAAAAGCAAACUGCAAGGUGUUUAUAAUUUGUAUCCUAGAGGGCUGUAAUGGAACUCAUGGGCACCUUACGAAAAACAAAUAUCUUUUUGACAUUCCUAGAGUGAGACUCGGCCAAAGCAUAAAUGCUAUGCAAAUUGUGGAAUGACUUCCCAAAUGUAAUUAAAAGAAAUAUUUACUUAAUAUCA